CCUAGGGGCCCGUCCGGAGUCCAGCACUAGACACGGACUUCCGCAAGAAUGCUUUCCCGGGGGGCUGUGUUUGGCCUGCUGCUGCUCGUAGUCGUUCGAGCCAGCAGAAGUGCAGAUAGUUUCCACCUCUAAGAUCUUUUGCUCAUCAUGAAGCUGUUCACGGAGAGGUUCUAUAAAUGUGUGUUGGCAAACACAGACUGGCUUGAAAAGGCAUUCCCCAGCCUAUGGACUACUGGCUGCAUACUCCAAUAUGUAUUGGUUUUCGCUUUGCCUCAUACAUCGAUAAUUACAUGGUGCUGCAGAAGGAGCCUUCAGGGGCAGUGAUCUGGGGCUUUGGUACACCUGGAGCCACAGUGACAGUGACCUUGUGCCAAGGUCAGGGAACCAUCAUGAAGAAAGUGACCAGUGUGAAAGCACCCUCCAACACCUGGAUGGUGGUACUGGAUCCCAUGAAGCCUGGAGGACCUUUUGAAGUAAUGGCACAACAGACUUUGGGGACAAGCAAUGUCACCCUGAGGGUUCACGAUGUCUUAUUUGGAGAUGUCUGGCUGUGCAGUGGACAGAGUAACAUGCAGAUGACUGUGUUACAGAUUUUUAAUGCCUCGAAGGAGUUGUCUGACACUGCUGCCUACCAGUCUGUGCGCAUCUUCUCCGUCUCCCUCAACCAGGCAGAAGAGGAGCUGGAGGACCUUGGUGAGGUUGACCUGUCAUGGUCCAAGCCCACUGCAGGAAACUUGGGCCAUGGAGAUUUCACUUACAUGUCAGCAGUGUGCUGGCUCUUUGGCCGUUACCUGUAUGAUACUCUGCAGUAUCCCAUUGGGCUGGUCUCGUCCAGUUGGGGUGGGACACCCAUUGAGGUCUGGUCAUCUAGAAGGUCACUGGAAGCCUGUGGAGUCCCUAAUACAAGGAAUGAAAGAAUUCUUCAGCCUGAGAUAAAGCUCAUGAGGAACGAGUGUAAGAGUGAGGGGUCCUUGUGUCCUUUGGGGAGGGUUGUUCCACCUUAUUUUGUGGCUGGACCCGUAAAGCACUCUGUCCUCUGGAAUGCCAUGAUCCAUCCACUGCAGAACAUGACUUUGAAAGGGGUGGUGUGGUACCAGGGGGAGGCCAAUGCGAAUUAUAACAGAGACCUGUAUUCGUGCAUGUUCCCUGCGCUCAUUGAAGACUGGCGUCAGAACUUCCACUACGGCUCCCAGGGGCAGACGGAGCGUUUCUUCCCAUUUGGAUUUGUCCAGCUGUCUUCAUACACGUUGAUGGAGACGUCGGAUGAUGGGUUUCCUGAGAUCCGCUGGCACCAGACAGCGGACUUGGGCUCUGUCCCCAACCUGAGGAUGCCCAAUACUUUCAUGGCUGUUGCUAUGGAUCUCUGUGACAGGGACUCCCCGUUUGGCAGCAUCCACCCUCGAGAUAAACAGACUGUGGCCUAUCGACUGCACUUGGGGGCUCGAGCUGUGGCUUAUGGUGAGAAAAAUUUGACCUUUCAAGGACCACUACCUAAGAAGAUAGAACUCUUGGAUCACAAUGGGCUGCUCAACCUCACAUAUGACCAGGAAAUCCAGGUGCAGAGGCAAGAUAACAAGACAUUUGAGAUCUCCUGCUGCAGUGACAAUCAGUGCAAGUGGCUUCCAGCUCCUGUGAACACUUUCUCCACCAAGACCCUGAUCUUGGAUAUCAAUGCUUGUCUUGGCACCGUGGUUGCUGUUCGCUAUGCCUGGGCCACAUGGCCCUGUGAAUAUAAGCAGUGUGCCAUUUACCACCCUAGGAGCACCUUGCCAGCUCCUCCCUUUGCUGCUCUUGUUACACACCAGGUUCCUGGACGUAGGGCAGGGGUGUCCAAGGACAUUUGGAGUAGUGCCAGCUCUUAUAUACAAGGGCCAGUCCUUUAGAUUUGGGCAUUUAGGAGUUUAAAUGAUGACAGCUAUUGCUUUUAAGAGCAAUUUCUAGAAGCCUCAUUGAAUAACUUCCAACCAGCAUAUGGCUGUUCCUGUCUUCUGAGAUGAGUACUGGCUAACAGACACUUGAAACGCUCAUCUGUCUCUAGUUACUCAAGCCUCUUGACUCUUAACUAGAACGCUUGGUCUUACUACCGUCCACUUCCCUGGUAUAAAGAGUGAAAUGCCCUAUUUCUGCCCUUUCAUUCAAAACUGUGAACUCUCAGGCCUGCAAGAGAUUUAAAGGCUGCA